UCUGAGGAGGCGUACUGUUUGGGUAGGACUGACUGAUCCAAAGAGCCGGGCUCAUUCAGUCAUUGGGGAGCUGCUGUCAGUCCAAACGGAUGGGGACCUAACAGACAUGGCUGGUGCAGAAAUGGUCCCUAUUUGCACUCAGUCUGGUUUCUGCACUCCUGACAGCAGCUUCAACCAUUGGGCUCUUCGUCUCCUUGGUUAGGGCCAUCGUUAAUGGUGGUCGAAGCCUCGUGACUCACUGCCGCUUCCCUGAUGCCAUUGGCCACUCUAACGUUGUCUACCAAUGUCCCUUUGACCCCACACGCAUCUAUAGCACCACUCUGAUUCUUUGGGUGCCUCUGAUUGUGACUUGUUUCAUUCAGCUGGUGUUUUCUGCCCGCUGCUUUGCUGCCUGCAUUUCUUUUCUGGGACUUCCUUGUUGCCCUACCAGGAGGCAGAGUCAUUACAUCAAAGCAGUCAGUGUAGAAAGACCGAUGAGAGAAGGUUCUCGUUCUCGCUACAUCGAACCUCCAAGACGUGUCAGUGAACAUAUAAAUGUCGAGGAUGGAUCUGUGAGUACCUACGUUGAACCAGCAAAUCUUUAUGCUGAACCUCCGAGAAGCUUCAACAGACAUCCGAGACACAACACCGUAUCUCCGAGUCUGCAGUACCCGCCUCCCCGACGGCCUCUGCCUCACAGACUUCAGAGUCUCCCUGCCUCAGAGAGACAGGCUCUCCGCCGUCCGGAUGGAGACAGGCCAGACACUCGGAGGUCGGGAACAAGGGGGAGCAGUCGAAGGACACAAGAGCAACCCCAACGUUUGCAAAGGGGUACAGCGGAGAGGUCCAGCAUCUGGAUCUAGCCUUAUUGAAUACGAGCUAAAACGUUCUUGAAGAAUUUAAAUCAUUGGAUUUUUACUUGUUUGGACAUAAACAAUUUCAAAGCUGUACCCUCGGAGACUGGAGGUGCCAGAACUGACGUGUGACUUUCCUGAAGUUCCGACUGUUUGCACUGUGUGCCUGACUGUAUUAGUGUGUUUUUGUAUGAGCAAAGACAACUUGAGCUAAACCUUUUAUACGCGAGGAAAUGAUGCCAGUUCUUAAUGUAAAGGGUUUUUGACAUUGUGAGAAGUAGUUUACAUUUCUGUGAAAACGUUAUGAAGAAUUAAUAUCUUACCAGGGUGUAAGUCUGACCGAAUAAACAAGCUAGCUGUUAGAAAACCACACAGCUUCCUGUGGUUUUAAAACUUUAAUCACACAAAUGCUGUUUUGUUGAUCUUUUACACCGUUGUCAAUUUAGUAAUAAAAAUAAUUUUUAUAGAAGUCUUUGAAUGAGCUAAUAACAGCAGCAACCCUUUUGGUGCAAUCUGCCAAUAAAGCUAGCAGGAAUUAAAAAUGUUUUUUUUCCAAAUUAGCUACAAAAUGGUAAACUGACAACAAUUAAACGUUUAAAUAGAUUUGUACGAAUUGUUGUGAAAUUUUAAAGAUUGGUUUUAAAAUGGUAAAAUUAGCUUUGGAAGGCAUUAUUUGUCAGUAUGGUCUGAGCCGACCCUGAUUCUUCCCUAAUUGUGAACAACUCCACAGUCAGAGCGCUUCACGAAAAACAUUUUUUAGGCCUUUUGUCUUUGUUGCAGGGAAAUUCACCAUAAUGUAAAGAACUACAGUAUUAAAUAGCAUUCACACAAAAAGCUCUGACAUUUUUUAGAUUGGAGCUGUUUUAAAGGCCCUGUCACACUAUAAUGUUUUACAAAACGUAUACUGACUUAUGAAAAGUU